CAUCAGCGCAGUGAUCAGGCGCGGACUGGAAGCGUGUGUGUUAAGUUGAAGAUGAGUAAAUCCUGUUAUUAUUAUUUUUUCCUCAGUUCAGCACAAUUAAACAGUUAAAGUGUCGGGGCUUCCAGCGCUGCUGUGAAAGACGCAAACGGACCAGAACAAACAACAACAACAUCCCCACAAACCAAAACAACAACAAGGGCUCAGCUUCCGGUUUCUGGAUGUAGCUGUCAGACUCCAGCAUCAUUUAAACGGGGAAUCGCUUUAUCAGCAGCUUUAGUAUGAGCGAAGGAGAGGUGUUUCAUGAGAAGCAACGAUUGGAGCUGUGCGCAAUUCAUGCACUCAACAACGUGCUCCAGGAGCGGGUGUUUACCAAAGAGACAGCCGACGACAUCUGCAAACGGCUGGCUCCACAGUGUGUAGUGAACCCACAUCGGUCAGUGUUAGGCACGGGAAACUAUGACGUUAACGUCAUCAUGGCAGCACUACAGAGCCGGGAGUUGGCUGCGGUGUGGUGGGACAAACGCAGGGAAGUUGAGAAUCUUUGUAUGUCAAAGGUUCAGGGCUUUAUUCUCAAUGUCCCAUCACGAGUAUCUUUGGGGAUCGUGUCCCUCCCACUCCGACGGCGGCACUGGCUCGCAGUUCGGCAAGUUAACGGACAGUACUACAACCUGGACUCCAAGCUGAAGAGCCCAGUCUGCAUUGGGGGAGAAGCAGAGCUACGCACAUUUCUCAUUGAACAGCUUUCUCAGGACGUGGCAGAGAUGCUCCUCGUUGUCCGGCGCGAGGUCGAGGAGGACGGGUCGUGGCUGAACCCUGGGAAAAAGUGAUGCCUUGGGAUGGGAUCUAACUUUGCAAAGCAUGGGGAAAAAAAACAACUCCUCUGGGAAAAUGACAGAUAUUUUGAAAGAGAAAAACAAACACCUCAUUAAAAAGAAAUCUUCAGGGAAUGCACUAAAAUACAUUUGAUAUCUAUACAGACACAAAAAUUCCAAAGAGAAGCAGAGGUGGGUGUUUACUCCUGAAAUGAAGAACUGCUUGAUUGUAACAGCUAAAAAAAAGAGAAGGAAAAAAAGUUAUUGCUCGGGUAUGACCCAUCUAUCUGCGACCUCCACUAUGUUCUUGGUACUUUGGUUUUAAUACUUGAGAGUUAACAAAAGUGCAGUUUUGAGGCAAAUGUGGACUAGUUUAUGGCACUUCUGUCUUAUCCCAUUUCUGAACUAUUACUGUUUUUUGGUAGGAAACUGCAGUUUGUGCAUGGAAACAACUCUACAGUAAUGGUAACUGGAUAUGAUUGAUUACUAAAAACAUUCAAGAUGAAUUUGCCACAUAAGAUAUCGCUGUCUUAGUCCCAGUUUGUUAUGUACUGUGUGUACAGUGGUCAUGUCAGAAUGUGUUGCUUAUGAAGGAGCACCAUCUGUACCUUCAUUCUUGUUAUUAACCUUCUAUGCACUGCAGAGUUUGAGUUGUUCACACUGUUUGUGUUUGUCGGCACUCAUGCAGGCACAGGAGCUGUGACGGCAUCACCCAGUGAGGCACUGAAGGACUGCACCAGUGUUUUUGCAUGUUUUCAUCCAUUUACUGUACCUCUUGCUUCUUUUUAGUGUAGUUCUUAUAGUUGUGUGGUGAUGUAGUACAAUCCGCACGGUAAAGAAGCUCCAUCGGUCCUUUUUUUCCUUCCAGUUAUCAAGUUCAGGGUCACAUGGUGGGGGGGCUGGAGCCUAUCCCAGCUGUCAGAGCGAGAGGCAGCGUACACCCUGGGCAGGUCAUGAGUCUGUCGCAGGGCUAACACAUAGAAACAGACAACCAUUCGCACUCGCAUUCACACCUACAGUUAAUUUAGAGUUGCCGUUAACCUAACCCCAUGCAUGUCGUUGGACUGUGGAAGGGAGCCAGAGUACCCGGAAAGAACCCACGCAGACACGGGGAGAACAUGCAAACAGUAAAGAAGCUUCUCUGUCAUGAAAGAAAAUGUGCACUAAUCCUGAAACAUGCAAAAACACUGGAUGUGUGACUGUAUGCAAGUUCCACAUUUGUGUUUUGUCUCUCUUAGUGAUCUAUGCAUAUCUGAAAGAAUAGGAGCACUAUGAUGCACACUAGUGAAUAACUUACACAUAAACCUAAGCUCAGAGGCGCAUAAUAUUUGAAUUUAUUUAUAUUAAACAUUGACCUUUUGUUUUAAGUACAA